AUGUCCUUCUCCGGCCUGUCGUUUAUGUUCUGGAGGAUCUUCCAGAUCAUCACGCUGAUACCCACGCUGGGCAUGCUCGCCUGGUUUGUCGACUGGUACAACGAUCGCAACCUCCUCACCCCACGAUCCAUCUUGGUCCUCUUCAUUGUAUCCGUUCUUGGAGCCGUAUGGGCAAUAGGGACCCUGUUCCUCUAUACCCGCGCACGACACUCGGCUCACUUUGUCGCCUUCAUCGACCUGCUGUUCGUUGGUGCCUUCAUCGGCGCUGUCUACGAACUUCGAGGAAUCGCUGAUGCCGACUGCUCCAGCUGGGAGUCAAAUGGCUCCUACAACGCCAAUCUCGGUCUUUUCACCAUCUCCGGAAACAAGUAUGGCUUGAAUGUGGACCGCCAAUGUGCCAUGCUGAAAGCUUCAUGGGCAUUCGGCAUCAUGAACUGCAUCUUCUUCUUCAUCACCAUGCUACUGGCCCUUCUUGUUCAUCGCCAUCACCGUAACGACAACGAUCGCGUUGUCUACAAGCGCGAGGUUCACCGAUCUCGUCACGGCCACACUUCUCGCAGCCCACGCCGCUCGCACCAAAGCCAUCGAUCACGCAGCUACGUUUGA